AUGACGACAGCCACACCAGUAAUCAAUAACACUCAGUUCUCAGUAAAUGUGACAGCAAAGUCUCAAGAACAAAGUCUCUAUCAAAGCUCUGGAGCAAUAGUUGCUGCCAUCGUAGUAGGAGUCGUUGUUAUCUUUACAGUGGUUCUGCUCACCUUGAAAACAUACAACAGACGCAUGAGAGUGAAGCGGGAGCUAGAACCCAAAGCUACCAAAGCAGCAAUGCCACCUCCCCUAGGACACACCAGCACUAGCUUGUCCCACCAUCCCACAGUGACCUUCAUCCCUGUGGAUAUCCACAUGCAGAACAGAUAA